AUGAGAAAAGAUCUAACUACAACAUUAAGAAACCAAGUGGUGCAAUUCAUCCUCCAAGGCAACAUCAAUGGAAAAGAGCAAUAUGGCAUAUUAGAGGAAGCCCGACAGAAAUUUUGUACCUCUCGUUCCACUAUUGCUCGGCUGUGGAGGUCUGCAAAGAAGCAACAUGAAGAAGGCGAAGUUAUAAACAGUGUAAGUCGAAAGAUUACUACAAAGCGUAGAACUCAAGUUCACCUAGAUUUGAGUAUUCUUUCAAAUCUUGAAUACACCAAACGAGGCACAAUUACGAGGCUUGUAGUUGGUCUAGAAAUCAGUAGGAGCACCAUAGGCAGGUGGGUGAAAUCUGGAAAAAUCAGAGCACACACAAGUUCUCUAAAACCAGAUUUGACAGCCACCAAAAAGCUAUUGAGGUUGCGAUUCUCACUUGAAUCCUUAGAAUUGGAUUUAAAAAAAAUCAAAUUCAGAGAUAUGCAUAACACCGUUCAUAUAGACGAGAAGUGGUUUUACAUUACUCGAGGUUCACAUAGGUACUACUUAGCACUCGGAAAGCCCGAGCCACAUCGAACAUGCAAAAACAAGAAAUUCAUUACCAAGAUCAUGUUUAUGUGCGCUGUAACAAGGCCAUUGAUAGCAGAUGAUGGCACUAUUUUAUUUGAUGGUAAAAUAGGUAUAUUUCCAUCCACCAUCCAAGUUCCAGCUAAGAGAAACAGUAGAAACAGACUAGCCGACACCCUAGAGACUAAAGCAAUCGAGUCAAUCACAAAGGAAGUGAUCAAACAUUGUUUAAUCAACAAGGGAUGCAUGAUGGAAAUCAUGAAGUUUAAGGGGCAGAAUUGUUACAAGAUUCCACACAUGGGAAAAUAUGCACUUAGAAGGUCAAACCAACUGCCACAGAACGUGGAAGUCCUAGUGGAGUUAAUUCAAGGGUGUAUAGACUACCUAAAUGAGAUGGGCAGCCAAGAUGGAAUCACAGAGGUAGUGCAAAGCCUUGGUUUAGAUGAGAUUGAAGGAUACUGA